CCUGUGAACUGUGAAGUAAGCAUGGCGGUUUCCCGCAUUCCCGGCAUCUGCCAUUUUUGAGUGUAAAGCGUGAGUUGAGAGGUAUUUGUUAAUUUUCAUAGAGAAAUUUUGCACAGAAAAAUGUCUGUUGAUUAUCAAAUUAAAUAUUUAUCAUAUUUAUUGCAAGAAUGAACGUUUUCAGUAAUGGUGCUGUGUCUAUAUUGUAUCAGUAUUAUUUUGUGUAGAAUGCAAGAAGUUGCAGGACUGAUCUCCAUUCAAUAAUAUACAAGUUUGAGAAGACAUUAUCAAGACUAGAAAAGCGGAACUAAAAGAUGGCGGAUACUGCCGAGAAGGUAGAAACUUUGGAACUGAAGGAUAUAAAGCCUGUUCCAGAUGUUUAUCACGCCUACACAAAGGCCAUUCAAGAUGCUGUUACGCCAAUAGUUAUUGACAAUGGCUCGUACAACUGCCGAGCUGGAUGGGCCUCCAAUGAAAAUCCAAUGAUGGUUUUCAGAAAUCUGAUUGCCAAGCCCCGAAAAGAGAGAGGAAAGAAGGACGGUGAAACGCAGAUUGGCAACGAUAUCACCAACAUCGAGGCAGUUCGAUUCCAACUGAAACAGCAGUUUGAUCGUAAUGUUGUGGUUCACUACGAAACACAGGAGCAGAUAUUCGACCACAUCUUCUCGCAUCUGGGUAUUGACACCGAGGGCAGAGUGGGCCAUCCCAUAGUGAUCACCGAGCCCUAUCUUAACCCUAACUAUUCCAGGGCCUUAAUGUCAGAACUACUGUUCGAGUGCUACCAGGUUCCAGGCGUGUGCUAUGCAGUGGAUGCGCUGUGUGGUUUCCAGGGCGGUGACCACACUGAGGGACUGGUGGUGGUGUUGGGUCACCACUGUACGCAUGUGUUGCCCGUGUUGGGUGGCCGUGUGGACGGGGCGCAGGCGAGGCGACUGGCGGUCGGGGGCCACCAUGUCACGUGCUAUCUGCAUCGCUUGUUGCAGCUCAAGUAUCCCGCCCAUUCGCAGGCUAUCACACUCACUAGGGCUGAGGAGCUGCUGCACGAGCACUGCUAUCUGUCGGCGGGCGACCGCAACUACUGCGACGAGGUGUGGCAGUGGGCCGACUGCGAUUACUAUGAGCGCAACGUCAUCAGAGUGCAGCUGCCAUACCAGGCCGCCUUGGGGGGCAGCGGAGCCGGGUCCUCCGAGGACCAGCAGCGCCAGCGGCGGCAGGAGUUGAAGCGCCGCCUCUUGGAGAUCAACGCUCGCAAACGCGAGGAGAAGCUAGCAGAAGAUGAAGAACACUUGAACCAGCUACUAGCCGUUCAGGAUGUAGAGGCCGAGGGAGACGAACAAGAACUUGAGCGGUCUCUGGUUUGGUUCAAUCUGCAGAACACCGACGAACUUCGUAAAGCAAUCAAAGACGUGCAGCAGAGAAUUGAGAAGACACGACAACGCAUAGUGGCUGCUAACACGGCUGAUGACUCUGUUAUUGAGGAAACUAAGCCGAAGCCCAGCUCGAAACCAGGCCUGAUGGCACCAGUGGAGGGGGGAGAGGCGGCUGUGGCAGAGUGGGUGGCCUCACUGCGCAUGCGCAGACAACAGCUCAUGGAGCGACGCACGGCUCGCAAACAGCGGCUGGCCGACAUGGCUAAGAGGAGAACGGUGGCCGCGCAGGAGCGCAUGCGUCUCAUCAGUCAGCUGGCGGGGGGUGGAGGAGGCAGUGGAAGUGGAGAGGGUGGUAGCGGCAGGAGGGGAGGCAAGGAUGACGACUUUGGAGCGCGCGAUGAGGACUGGGACGUCUACAAGGCUAUCAACAAGGAAGGUGGUGACUCGGACAGUGAAGAAGAAACUGAGAAACUUCUUGAACUGGAAGAAGCACUGCGUUUGCACGACCCUCAGUGGGGACGGGGUCAGAGUGGGACUGCCGAAGGUGGCGUGGGUGAGGCCCACCAGCUGCAUGUGGGCAUAGAGCGUCUGCGAGCCACUGAGUGUCUCUUCCAGCCGCAUUUGGUGGGCUGUGCCCAAGCCGGGCUGGCUGAGCUGAUUGAGUUUGUGCUCAACCGCUACGAUACGGAGACACAGGCUAGGUUGGCUGGCAACGUGUUUGUGACGGGAGGGUGCGCGCGCAUACCAGGCCUGGAGGCGCGGCUGACAAAAGAGUUGCUGGAGAUGCGGCCGUUCCAGUCGCACUUCAAGGUGACGCUGCACGGCGGUGGAGGGGCGGACGCGUCCUUGGGUGCCUGGAAGGGAGCCAGGCGGCUGGCCAACGAACCUGACUUCCGGCAGAGGUUUAUGACCUCCAGACAGGACUACCUGGAGAGAGGCGCCGACUACUUUCGUGAACACCGAGCAAGCAAUGUUUAUGUACCAACUCCUGUGGUGAUUCCUAUCACACAAGCAACUGACAACAUGUCUAUUGACCAGUGAAAGCCAUGCAACAUGCUGCAAGUGACCAGUAUACACCAUGCAACAUGCCGCAAGUGACCAGUAAACACCAUGCAACAUGCCUCAAGUGACCAGUAAACACCAUUCAACAUGCUGCAAGUGACCGGUAAACACCAUUCGACAUGUCGCUGUGAAAUGUUGCAAGUUAACACCAUGCAACAUGCUGUAAGUGACCAGUGAACACCAUUCAACAUGCUGCCUGCUGUGUAUUUGGUAUGUGAAUCGAUGCAACAUGCUGUAUUGUAAUUUGUUCAAAUCCAAAUUUUUUACUCUAUUUAUUUGUAUAGAAUUAAUGUAAACAAUGCUUCAUUGUGUGAACAUGCAACAUGUUGCAUUCCAACUUGCAAUUGUUUGUGAAACAUGCACAAACGAUUGCAUUAGUUUAUGCUGUAAACAAUGCAACAUGCUGUAUUGUAAUAUUGGAAUGUGUGCAUUAUUUUUGUAGAUGCAAAUCUUCUACUUUCGAACUCAUUGAGUAGUUGUAUCUGACAAAAGUGAACGAUAUAAUGUCGUUCUGUAAUAUUUUAGGUUUUAAGACGCUUUCCUGAUGUUCUUCAUUAGUAAAUAAUAUUCGUUUGGAUUUUUGUUGGCGGGGAGUCCUUUAAGAUCUGCUUUCCAAUGCAUUUCAGAAAAUAAUACAAUUGGUUUUCUAUGGGAUUGUACACACAUCUCCAUUCUUUCAAAGUGUAAACAACCAUUAAAAAGUGUGCAGUAGCACAGAUUUCUAUUAUAUAAAUUGAAUUGAUAUUGGCCAUAAUGAAUUGAUAUUCCAUAAGAUAUGAUAUUCUCAAUCAUUUUAAGGCUGUGCAAAGGCUAAAAAUAAACUUUCUACUGGUGAUAUUUUUAAAAGUUUUUCAAUUUGUAUAUCAAAAUAUCAAGCUAUCUUAAUAA